AUGAGUCCUAGUUCUUCCACUUCCCGACCUCGAUCUUUCCGUUCCAAGCUUGACCGCGCCCACUCCAGCGAUUGCGAGGUGAGGAGAUUCCUUGCGUCGCUCAAGGAAUGCUCGCGAUCCCGGGAUCUGGAUUGGGGUAAGCAAAUCCACGCCGAGGCGGAGUGCUGCGGCCUCGAUUCCAAUGCGUUCGUGGCGAGCAGCCUGGUGAAUCUCUAUGGCAAGUGCGGCUGCAUGGACGAGGCGCGCAGGGCUUUCGACCGGAUGAAUUGCCCCGACCUCGUCGCGUGGAAUUCUCUCAUUCUGGGCUAUGCCGUGAAUGGGCAUGGCGGGGUUGCGCUCCAGCUCUUCCUGGACAUGGAAUCGCGGGGCUUGCAAGGGAAUUCUGUCACGUUUAUUGGAUUGCUCAUGGCCUGCGCGAGCCUCGCAGAGAAGGAGAAUGGGAAGGUUUUGGAAGAUCUAGAGCUCGUCGUGAAGUUUUCUUCUCUUGACAGAGGAAUGGCUCUUCACUCCCUUGCCACUGCAAGGGGAAUCGACACAAACGCUUUGGUAGCUAGCAGCCUGGUGGAAAUGUAUGCUCGGUGUGGAAGCGUGGUGGAUGCGUGGAAGGUUUUUCAUGGAGCUCCAAAGCGUGACGUAGUUCUAUGGACUUCUUUGAUGCAGGGUUUUGUGGAGAAUGGGCAGAGCGAGGUGGUGCUUGAGCUCUUCGUGGAAAUGCAACGAGAAAGCAGUGGAGCAAAUGCCAGAACCUUUGUUGCGGUGUUCCAGGCCAUCACUUCUUUAGCAAAGAGGGAACGAGGAGAAGAAACUAUCCAUGGAAGGAUACUCAAGCUGAAGUCUCUGGAAAGAGCUGCUUGAUCCAAAUGUACGCGGCUUGUGGCAGCAUGGGCAAUGCUCUUGGAGUGUUUAGCACCAUUUUCCAGCCAAAUCAAGUCUGCUGGACGGCAUUGAUGCUCGGGUACGUUGAAAACAGUCAGGCCGAAACAACGCUACAUUUUUUCUUGCUAA